GCCGCCUACAAUUCACAUCUAUAUCUUCGCGGCGGCUGGUAAGCGAAAGGGAGAUUGAGCAGCCAUGACGACGAGAUUGAGAAAGAACAGGAAGAAGAGAGGUCAUGUCAGCGCCGGUCACGGUCGUAUCGGCAAGCACCGCAAGCAUCCAGGAGGUCGUGGUAAUGCCGGAGGUAUGCACCAUCACCGAAUCCUCUUCGAUAAGUAUCAUCCUGGAUACUUUGGAAAGGUGGGUAUGAGGUAUUUCCACAAGCUUCGUAACAAAUUCUACUGUCCAAUCGUCAACAUCGACAAGCUAUGGUCUCUUGUUCCUAACGAGGUUAAGGAAAAUGCAACCGCCGACAAGGUUCCGGUGAUUGAUGUCACUCAAUAUGGGUUCUUCAAGGUUCUCGGCAAGGGAGUAUUGCCGGAAAACCGUCCGGUUGUCAUCAAGGCUAAAUUGGUGUCGAAGGUCGCUGAGAAGAAGAUUAAGGAAGCGGGUGGGGCUGUUAUUCUCACUGCUUAGGGUUUGCAUUUCUCUUUUAUCAUUAUCAUCGAUUUCAGUAACAUUUGUUUUUUUGAUCUUUAGUUUUUUCCAAUCAAACCCAUUUGAUAGUUUAUAGCUUUAUGGAUGCUUUGUUUCUUGGAUAAUUUUGAGAUGAAAAUUUUCAAUUUUUCCCA